GCCCAAUAUCCAUAAGUGAUCAGUACCUCGUGCUGCGUUACUGAGGUCAAGUCCAUUCUGAAUCCCUUUAUUCCUUCUUUAUCUUUUUAUUUUACAAAAAUUCUGGCGGGGAGGAAAAAACGCUAAAUACAAAACAACAUGACCGAAAAAGCUCUUAUCGAUACAGACAUAGAGGAGACACCAACAGACAAGUUGGUUGAAACUUCAUCACCUGAUGAGUUAGAUCAGCUUGUAGCAAAUACUUCAACCGGAAGCAAGCAUGCAAAAGAAGUGAAAGCAGAGAGUGCUAAGGAAGAGAGUAAGCUCUCUACUGCUGUACCAGUCCAUGAAGGGGAACUUGACAAUGAUAAGCAUCACAGUUCAGAGGAACCGAAUGAAAGGAAAGGUGUUAGAGACGAGGUAAAAACGGAAGAAACGCUAACGAAAAAGCCAACAGAAGAAGACAAUGAGGAUGAUGCAUUUGAUUUGCACAGUGACCAAAAGAAGCACCUUUUGUCCUCGCUUUCACUCGAGGACUAUCAUAGCAACGACCCAUGGGCUGCUCAACCGGAAGAAGAUUCAUUACUGAGAAGUGACCAAGACCAGAUGGUGGAGGAAGACAACACGGUAGCCACUACGAUAGUUUAUGAUGUCAUAGAUAAUGCGGACGAGACUACACCAGAGACAACAAAAGUAAGCACAAAGAGUGUAGCGACACCAGCACCAGGAUCUGCAGAACAUGAGCAAAACCUAGAUCAAGAUACAUCAGCAGUGAAGGGAUUUCAAAAUUUCCAAGAUAGUGAUAAAAUCGAUGACCUGAAUGUGAAAGGGCAACUACCACAAUGGCUCGCAGGUGAAUACUAUACGAUAGGCCCUUGUACCUAUGAUAUUAAAUACACGCGUAAGGUGGAGAUGGAAGGAGAGAUUCAGAAUGUAUCUGCUCUCUUCACUUUCGGACACUGGUUUGAUGCGCUGCCCUUGGUCAAUCGUUUUGAUUUAAACGGUCAAAGAAACACAAUUACCUAUCGCAACAGAUCGACCAGCAAAAGAAUAGUUGAAAAAAUACGUGAUCAUCAUGGCUAUGCGCCUCAACACCCAGCUGGGCUUUUUAUGUCAGAAACAAAUCAAACCAAGUUGGCUAAACUGUUGGGAUCGUCUAUCAAGCAAUCUAAGCCAGAUGCGAUUCCUUGUGGCCAACGUGUCUUACCCUCUAUUCCAGGCUUGGAGGGUAGACUCUUCGCAUUGAACUUUGCUAACCACAUACAAGAAUUGGACCCAUCCGAUUUGAAGCCCACUCGUUCCUUGACAUGGAAUGAAAUGAACCCUAAACUGAAGGGUACAGCUUGCCCUAAUGGUCAAUAUGAUUCUCGCACUGGCGAAUACAUUAACUUUAGUAUGGAAGUGGGAUAUCAAUCUGUAAAAUACCAUUUUUUCUCUGUUUCUGAUCGCCAUCCCAACAAAGCCACCUUGAUCGCAUCGGUCACAGCACCUAUGGCCUUUGUCAACACAUUUUCCAUCACUUCAAAAUACAUCAUUUUCGUUAUAUGUCCAAUGUAUGCUAAUGCGGGUGGUAUGAAGUUUACUUGGAACGAAAGUAUUAUGGAUUCUUUCUCUUUCCGACAUGACGAGCCUGCUCUUUUUUAUGUUAUAUCGCGCGAGAAGCAUGAAGUCAUUGCUACUUACCGAUCGGAUGCCUUCUUUACUUUUCAUCAUAUCAAUGCCUUUGAAGUGGAAGAUCAUAUUAUGCUCGAUCUCAUUUGCUAUGCAGACGAUACCAUUGCUCGUCAGUUGACGACCGAGUUUUUACGACACCCUGAAAAAAUGAAUCCUUCUCGAUUGGUCCCCUCAGAAGUGCGACGAUACGUGUUGGCCAAUGUUGAAGAAGAAAACAUCAACUAUUUAACCAACAAUUCCCUGAUACCCACGAAAAAUAGCGUUACUAGCCGCCUUUUUGGCAUGUUUGGUGGUGGUGGUGGAGGCAAUAAAAAGGCCGAAUCGAGUAGCUCUCCAGCAGCCGUCAACAAAUCCUAUGCUUGGAUGCCAAUAGCUACCUACGACAAGCGUAUCCCACCUUCUAUUGAAUUGCCUCAAAUUAAUCCCAACUAUGCAAAGUACAAAUAUACAUUUAUGUACGGCCUCGGUUUCUCUGCAGCUAGUUCUUUGAAAGAAGGUGCUAUUUGGGACAGCAUUGUCAAAACGAAUAUGGAGACGAAACAAAUCGUAGCUUCCUGGCAUCAACAGGGUUGUUAUCCAAGUGAAGCUGUUUUCGUACCAAGACCUGCCAUUGGCCCUGAAGAUCAAGUAGGAGAAGAUGAAGGCGUUUUGCUAAGUCUUGUGCUGAACUCUGCCAAGGCAACCUCAUUCUUACUUGUUCUGGAUGCCAAUACGUUAGAAGUGCUGGCAACAGCUGAUUUGGAAAGACUUGUGCCUCUGAGUUUUGCACACGGUGCUUGCCGUCUUCUUCGUAGCGAUUAAAGCUGUUAUUUACCGACCCAUCUAUUUUAUUCCAACAUAUAAUACAUACAAAGAAAUAAAGAAAAUUGCAGUCCAUAGAAAAAGCUCGAGAUCGUCAUUAUGUUAUCACCCUUAUUUUAUAUUAUCAUGAGCAGUCAACGUACGAGCAGAACUUUCUUAAUGAGAAGCGAGAGAUGUUUAACAAUUUUGAACAAAGAACCGUAGUGACGAUAAGAAAUUAGAACGAGGAACAAUAAAAUUCAUGCAGAAGGAGGAAAAAAAAAAAAAAAAAAAAAA